UCCGGGCAAAAAACACGAAUAAAACACCAUCCAAACUCUGGUCAGCAGUGUUUGUUGUAUGUUUAGUGGCUUCGCUGUGAUAAGAUUAGACAUUCUGCCAACGAACUUCAACAUAAAAUUAACCUUCUAUGAAUGUGUGUGCGUGUGUGGAGCUACUGUCACGCGUACGCGCUUGUUUUCGUCGCGGCAAGCAGUCAGUUGGUUUCGGAAUCUCCACCACGAUUGGCCACAAAGACGUAACGAUCCACAAUUAGUGAUGGCACAAGAGCGGAAAGAGAAAUUUCUAACCACGGAACUGGUAAACAAAAUCAUCGAAUCGAACGAUGAUCUUAAUGGCUACCGUCUAGUGUCCGACAGUGACUGUGUACUAACAACCCCGCAAGGUUUAGAUGGGUUUAUGUCAGUCAUACACCGGUUAACAUUAAACCUUACGCAUACGACCACUGGCGCUACGCGAUGUCUCACCGUGAUGGUGAAGGUGAUGAAAGGUGAUGACGGGUUUCGCAAGAAAUCACUCGGACUCGUACUGUUCCCGAACGAGAUAAACGUUUAUUCGGCGGUAAUACCUGCGUUUGAGCGAUUGAUACGCAAUGCCAACGCAAAGAUCGAUCUGCACACGCUCUGUCCACGAAUCUAUGUUGCCGAGACUGGGGUAACAUAUCCCAGCUACAGCGAUCAGGAAGAAACUUUUCUCGUGAUGGAAGACGUCUCGGCAAGAGGGUUUGUUCCGGGACCAAGGUUGAAUCUGGACAAACCACACCUAACGCUAAUGGCACGCAAAGUAGCCCAGUUUCACGCAUGCUCUUAUGCACUACGCAUUGGAGGUCAAUCGGAGAUGCUGAGCGAUUUGGUGAAACGCAUUAUUCCACUCAACUUUGUGCAGGAUGGAAAAAUCUUCUUCGAAAGUUACGAUAUCGUGUUUAAGGUUGUUUUCGAACGACUUUUUGCUUAUUUUGACGAAAAACCGGAGCUACUCAAAUCGGACAGUAUACGCGAUCGGGUGCAAACUUUACGACGACAGUAUGGAACUACUCCCUCCGAACUGAUGCAACGAUGUCUCGAGCGGGAUGACGUUUAUUCGGUGAUUCUACACGGCGACUACAACCGCAACAAUGUGCUCUUCCGCUAUGACGCCGAUGCGCCCCAAGAUGUAAUGCUUAUCGAUUUUCAGGAGAAUCGUUACGGUUCACCGGGUCUCGAUCUGUCGUUCUUCAUGUACAUGAACAUGCCGCCGGAGGAUUGGGCUAACGGUGGCUGGGAAUAUUUGCUAACGGUUUACCACCAGGAGCUGAUACGUUGUGUUUGUGACAUUCUGAAACUACAACCAGAUGAUCCAGCUUUACAAGCGUACAGCUUUGAUGCGAUGCAACAACAUCUUAAACAGCACUUUAUUUAUGGAGCGAUCAUAGCGAUCAAAUUUCUACCAUGUAUGCUGGCGAACGAGCAAGAGGUAGAAGAAAUUGUUCACCAUUUCCACAAGGAUGUUACGGCGGACGCGUUUCGUCAAAUUUAUCUGACUGCAGGAGGCGAGAUAGUGAACGAUAGAAUCUCCCGGGUGAUGGUGCAUGCUGCUCAGCAGGGCUAUCUGGAUAUGAUCAUGUGAUGGAUGGAUAUGAGAUAUUAUUACCAAUAUUUAGAAGCAUUUCUCAAAAGAUUUUUUUUUUUACUUUUAUAUGAUAAGAUAUUCCUGGAAUCAUCCUACACUAAAUUAAAAGCGCAGCUUACAAACACUACAAAGAAAUAGAACCUUUUUGUAACAAGGUUCCAAGCAA